UAGUCGUGUGAAAACUUGACGCCCACGAUGAUUUAGGUACUACUACACCACGCCUACAGAGAGCAUCUGUCAGACUGUCACGAGAUAUCUUAUUACUUCGUUGAUUAAAUCAUCGACGGUAUCCAUGGGCAUGGAAGAAAAAGCGUAUACCAUUGUUUAUGGCAGUGAAUUUCUUUGCACUUUUAACCAAGUGUCGGAACCAAUAGCGCGAAUUGUUCUUAAGAUUUUAGAGUUUAAAGAUGAACUUCUGGAUAUGAGCAAGCUUUUAUCGCAUUCGGAAGACAUUUCCACCGAAAUUGAACAAAUCGGCCGGACAUUCGUCACCCUAGCGCAAAAGUUGCAAGGACUGGCUCAUGAAAGGGAAGCCGGUGCUAAGAAAGAAGCAGAAUACGCGCAGGAAAACGUGGAUACAAAAGUAAAUCAAUCUCAGGAUUUAUGUGAUAGAACUAGUGAAUGUGACAUAUUUAUAGAGCAAUUGGAAGUGAGUUUGAUAAAUGAACAACAGAAAAAUGACAUUCUUAAAUUCAAGAUCCAUGAACUUAGUUUGAUGCAGGAAGAACGUUUGAAAAGAAUAGAAGAACAGGUCGCGCAAGCUGAAAGUGUUGUUAAUGAAAGGUUGAAGGUGAAGAAGCUUGAUAAGAGAAAAGGGCAAAUGCAAAAUGUUUUGAAGAGUGGACAAGUUCACAGCAGACAUUCCAAAAAGAAUGAGCAGAACUUACGAGAGGGUGCAAAGUCACCAACCCCAUGGAUUCAGGCUUUACCACCAUGUCACACCCAAGCCUCUGACCAGGGUUACCAACACAGACGAGUGGGAACUCCUGUGCCACCCAGGACUUUAAGAGAAAAGAAAGAAGAAUUGCAAUUAAAAGAGGAAGUAAAAUGGUCUCGGAUUACACCAAUGCCUGUUAAUCGCACAAGGAAAAAAAAUCAACGUAACUUACCUCUUCCUGAGAAAAGAAGUUAAAUCGUCAGGAUGGUCUUGUCUUGAAAUUCGUAUAUCAGAUGACUGCAAUGGCGUAAAAGUUGGACGCAUGUGUAUAGGGAAACACGCAUGUGUUGUUUAUGGUGUGUGAACGAGGCUAACAUUUCGUAUAGGAAAGAUCUGAACUUAUGUACAGACAUCUGUAGAAUAUGUAAAAAUUCUCGACAUUUCGUCAAGCAGGUUAAGAGAAUGUACUUUCGCAGCAUAUGUGCAUGCCCUACGAUAGUUUAAUGAGGGAGUAAUGAUUAUCGUUUAUUAGUAUUGUUGUAUACCUUACCACGUAAGUAAAACAGUUUUCUGCUAGCUGGGAUUUUCCGAUCUAACGAAGUUUUUCGGAAUUUCCAUUUUCUCUUUAAUUGUAAAAGUUAGGAAACUAGCAAUGAAGUAAACUGGUAAACCGCCUUAAUCUACAAGGUUAUUUAAGCACGGUCUUCUUCAGGACCCUAUCUAAAAGCUUAAUUUAGGAAGUUGGGUUGUAUAUUCGUCUUUACCCAGUCAGGCUUAUUUCUUUAAAAAAAAUAUUGCUCUUACGGUAUUUAAACCUAAAUGUAUGAAUAUGCACCCACCCCAAAAAAAACUAAGCGGUCAAGCUAUACGGUUCCAUAUUCAUAUGUUGAAUGUUGUGUCCGGUAGCUGACAAGAUUAAUUGAUAAGAGUCAUGAUUGUAAAUAGCUUUACAAGUGAGGAAUGAAGGACUUUAAAAGUUUUGCAAAUUUUAUAAUAUUUGUAAAGUAUGAAUUAUAUUGUGUGUACAAACUACACCAGCUAUA